CCAGGUGUGCUGGGCUGGGCUGUCCUGGGCUGUGUCCUGUUGGGGUCUCUGUGGGGGUCUCUGUCUGCAGAGCCCUUCUUUCCCCGGGCCUCUCCCUGGAAGCCGGCUUUCCUGGUGAUCCUGCCCUUGCUGCUACUCCUACUCCUGGGGACUGUCUGCUACACCCAGAGAGAACAUUCCACACAGAUGCGGGAGCUGCAGGAACAGAGGAAUCUGUGCAGGGCUAAGGAGGAGGACCUAUGGUUCAAGGAGAAGGCCUUGAAGGAGAAAGAUGAACUCCAGGCAAUUCUAGAGCAGAGGAAGGCAGCUUACCUGGCUGCCUGGAGGAAGGCCCAGCUGUACGCAGAUUGGCGGAAGGAGCAGUUCCAGGCCUGGUCUUUCACUCUGGAUCCUGAUUCUUCCCAUUCAGAAGUUAUGUUCUCUCAUGACAAGAAGAGUAUGACCUGUAAUCAUGUUGGUGUAGAAAAAGGAUAUUUUGUUUGGGGUCUUGAGGGCAUCAUAUCAGGGCGUUGUUACUGGGAAGUAGAGGUCAAGAAUGGAGACAGAAGUGAUUGGGGUCUAGGGAUAUGGAGUGAAGAUGAGGAAACAAGAUACAAUGCUCCAUCCCCCUCAAAUGGAUACUGGGUUGUGGGACGAUUCAGAGAAGUUUUUGAAGCCUUUACUGAUCCUAGUACUCCAAUAAAUCUCAGAAAGUUUCCCCAAAGGGUGGGAGUUUUCCUGGACUAUGCUCAAGGGGACGUCUCCUUCUAUAACAUGACCGAUGGCUCCCACAUUUUCUCCUUCCCUCCUGAGUCCUUCUCUGGGACCCUCCUUCCAUUCUUCACAUGUUAUUUUGGAGACGUGUCCAUGACCCUCUGCCCCCUGGAGGCUGGGCCCCAGAAGCCCUCUGUGCCCAUGAACAAUCCUCCUUCUCUGGAGGAGCCUGUGGGUCCCCCAGGGGGAGGGGAUCCCCUCAGGCUCUGGUGUGGAUGGGGCUCCCCCAGGGCCUGAAGACCCCCUCCUCUCCUGUACCCCUGAGACCGUGUCCCCAUGAGGCCCCUCCCUGCCCAGCUCUGCCCUGGGCUCUUCUUGUGCUGCAGGUUCCCUGUGGACAAACCUGUGAGCGAGUCCUGGAUGCUGGAGUCUCGUCCUCCUGCUCUGGGUGCAGAUUCCUGGGCCGUGGCUAUGAGAACAGUCAGGUCAGGUCUUGUGCUGAGACAGCGAAAGAGGAAAUUGAUUUACUUUGAACCAGUCUGUGGUAGGAUGAAUUGCAUCAUGGGGAAUCACUUUUCAUUUGGUAAAGAAAGUAUUUCAUGGUGUUUUCAUGUUGUUUGGACAUGA